UUUCUUUCUUCUCAAUGGAUCCUUUGCUUCUCACUAUCUUACUCCUUGUAAUCACACUUAUUAUAAUCUUCAUAGUGAUUAACUUUUGCCGUGGCAAGAACCUUCCACCAACUAUAUUCCCAACCAUCCCAAUAAUUGGUCACCUUUAUCUCGUGAAACCACCUCUUUUCCGAACCCUUUCCAAACUAACUGCCGAACAUGGUCCGAUCCUUCUCCUUCGUUUCGGUUUUCGCAACGUCCUCGUUGUCUCUUCCCCUUCGAUUACCGAACAGUGUUUCACUAAAGACAACGACAUCAUUUUCGCUAACCGUCCAAAAUUACUUUUCGCUAGAAUUCUUGCAUAUAACUCUAGAAACACGGCUUGGGCCAACUACGGCCCAUAUUUUAUCAACUUACGGAAAAUCGCUAGUACCGAGUUUUUUUCCGCUAUGCGGGUAGAAGAUUUUAAAGCCGUACGUGCGAACGAAGGACUAAUUAUGGUACGUAACAUUGUGCCCGAUAGUGCUUUGCAUGUGGACUUAAGUUCGAUAAUAGGCGACUUUUUUACGAAUAAUGUAAUAAUGAUGGUGGCCGGGAGACGGUUUUCUGGUGAAGAUGAAGCGGUAGGGAAACAACUUCAAGAGAUUGUUAGGGAAACGUUUGAGUUCGGAAAUGGGGUGAAUUUAGGAGAUUAUUUGCCGUUUUUGGAAUGGCUUGGAUUUACUAAAGAAUUGGAGGCGAGGAUGUGGGAAUGUGUGGAGAAAAGAGAUACCUUCUUUAGUAAUAUGCUUGAAGAGUUUAAAGAAGGGAAAGGGGAUUUAGUUGACAAGAGUAUUACCAUGAUUGGUGUGAUGUUGAAGCUACAAGAACAGGAUCCUAAAUAUUGGCCCGAUGAAAUUAUUUCAGCCGUUUUGUUGAAUCUGUUAGCCGAUGCUAUUGAAAUAUGUUCGUCAACUCUGGUAUGGGCUCUUUCGUUACUUGUCAACAACCCGAGUGUUCUACAGAAAGCACAAACUGAAAUCGACAAUCUAGUGGGCAGCGAUCGUCUUGUUGAAGAAUCAGACUUAAUUAGUUUACCUUACCUUGAUCAUGUUUUCAAGGAGACAAUCCGAUUGUACCCUCCAGUCCCAAUACUAGUACCUCACGAGAGUUCGGAGGAUUGUGUAGUCGAAGGUUAUAACAUUCCAAGUGGAACUAUGCUAAUAGUCAAUCAAUGGGCGAUACACCGUGAUCCUAAAUUGUGGACUGACCCAGAAAGUUUUGUACCCGAAAGGUUUGACGGGUCAGAAAGCACAAUACCUAAGUAUAAGUACAUGCCAUUUGGGACCGGAGUAAGGGGGUGUCCAGCGGAUAAAUUGGCUUACCCUGCGAUUGGGCUGGGGUUAGCUUUGCUUAUACAAUGUUUUGAUUGGGAAAGGAUUAGUGAAGACUUGGUUGAUAUGACUGAAGCCGGUGGGCUCAUAAUGACAAAAGCCGAGCCUUUGGUAGCCAAGUGUACACCACGUCCAAUACAGCAGGAGUUAAUAUCUCGCAAGGGCUGAUCAAGUCCGUCCGUCCUCGAGAAAUCUUCUCAAACAGUUAUGGCUUGAGGGCUUUAAUAAAUCAAAAAUAUCCUUUUAUUAUCUUUUUACAAGUUGAAUAAUGUUUAUUGUAGAAUUAUACACAAAGUUUUAAUUACUCUGUGUAUAAAUGUAUUUUGAUUUGAUAGUUGGGCCGAUUGGAUUUCAUUCAA